CAGCUUUGAUGGAUCCCCGAGGAGAGCCAUUGCUAUUCCACAUUCCCGCCCGUUCGAGACCUCCUCUACCUUUUUCCCAUCGCAAAGCAUCCAAAGCGGCUCCCCUCAAGGCCUCAACCAACCACUCUCACCAUCUGCGAUCUGCAAAAGGAUCAGCAUCGUCCACCAUACCUACACCCACCACACCAAAACCCUAGCACCUCGCAUUCCAAACCCCCCGCUUGCAUCUCCGACUCCCCACAACUCCGCCCCCAUGUCCCCGGUGACGCCAUCCGCGGCGGCCGCGACGAGGCGCUCCUCGCGCAUGCUGUCCAAAUCGGCCGCCGCAAAGGAGGCCAAGGCCGAUGACGACGAUGAGGAGGCCGUGCUCGAGCGCGAGAUGCCGUGCGGCAAACGCCGGCGCAAAGCGGCGGGGAAGCCUGCUAGCCGUAAGAGAGCGGCCAAGCGCAAGCCCAAGGAGGAGAUGAAGCUGCCUGAGGCGGUGGCGGACGCUCAGCAGGCGGUGGCCGCGGAGGCGGAGGGCGUGAUGGAGGUGGACGAUGCGGGUAGCGCGAUCAACGACGACGACAUGUGCGCGGAGGAGAUGGAGAUGCUGGAACAGGAGGAGGCGGCCGCCGCGCUGGAAGCAGACGAGGAGGCCAAGGGUGGAGGAGAGGAGUCUGCCGAGACGGCUGGCGCCAGGAAGAGGGUGGCGCGGCCGAGCACGGAGAGGAAGGUGGACGCCUCGGAGGACCACUUCGUGGGCGAGCCGGUGCCGGAUCACGAGGCGAGGCAACGAUGGCCGGAGAGGUACAGAACCAAGGAUUCUGAUUCACUCGUUGGGCGGUCUGCUGGGGAGGAGGAUAUUAGUGCCCGGUGCCACUACAGAUCUGCCUGUGUGGAUGAUGCAAUUUUUCAUCUUGAUGAUGAUGUCUAUGUCAAGGCUGGCCCUGAUGAAGAAAAUUACAUUGGACGUAUUGCAGAGUUUUUUGAAGGGAUAGACCGUGGAUCAUAUUUCACCUGUCGUUGGUUUUUCCGUACAGCAGAUACGGUCAUCUCAAGGAAGUUGUUAAUGGUUCAUGAUCAUAAACAUGACCAUAAGCGUGUUUUCCUUUCAGAGGAAAAGAAUGAUAAUAUGAUUGAGUCAAUAAUCUCAAAAAUUAACAUCAUUUAUGUUGACCCAAAUAUGACACCCAAAGGAAAAGCUCAGGUCAUAUCAACUUGUGAUUUUUAUUAUGACAUGUCUUACUCUGUUGACUAUUCCACAUUUGCAAAUAUGCCAUCAGAAAAUGAUGGUGCAUCAGGCAGUGAAGCAACAUCAAAUAUUUCUUGUGACGAUGACAACUCUUCCAAGGAAAAUCCAGUGGCUGACCUUGCAGCAGCAUCUGAUGCACAAAUGGAAACAGCAAAGCUGCUGGAUCUUUACUCUGGAUGUGGUGCAAUGUCAACUGGGCUUUGCCUGGGUGCUGCAUUGUCUGGUGUAAAAUUGAAUACUCGAUGGGCUGUGGAUAUGAACACAUAUGCUUGCAACAGUCUAAAGCAUAACCACCCAUCCACGCAGGUACGAAAUGAGAAGGCUGAGGAUUUCCUUUCCCUCCUUCGGCAGUGGGAAGCACUUUGUGAGAAAUAUGUCAGUGUCACCCACAAAAACAACUCUUUGGGCUCUGCUCUAGCUCAGACUUCAAUGGAUGCUGAAGAUGAUGAAAGUGAACCUCUCCCAGAGGAUACAUAUGAGGUAGAGAAGCUUCUUGACAUAUGCUAUGGUGAUCCAAAUAGCACUGGAGAAAUUGGUUUGUGCUUUAAGGUGCGGUGGAAAAAAUAUGAUUCCAGUCAUGAUACAUGGGAGCCCAUUGAUGGCCUUAGUGAUUCCCCUGAGUGUAUUAAAGAAUUUGUCGAGAGUGGAUACAGGGAAAGUAUUUUGCCAUUGCCUGACACUGUGGAUGUUAUCUGUGGGGGCCCUCCUUGCCAAGGCAUUAGUGGAUUCAACAGAUUCAGAAAGCACAAUGAUCCGCUGAAGGAUGAAAAAAACAAACAGUUGACUGUCUUUAUGGAUAUUGUGAAUUACCUGAGACCUAAAUAUGUUCUUAUGGAGAAUGUCGUAGAUAUAGUGAAAUUUGCAGAUGGAUUCCUUGGUCGGUAUGCAUUGAGUCGGCUUGUGGCCAUGAAUUACCAAGCUAGACUUGGGAUGAUUGUUGCAGGAUGUUAUGGUCUACCACAGUUUAGGAUGCGAGCAUUUCUCUGGGGAGCUCUUCCAUCAAUGGUACUUCCAAAAUUCCCACUUCCUACCCAUGAUGUUGUGAUGCGAGGAGUAGUGCCCAAUGCGUUCUCGCAAUGUCUUGUUGCAUACGAUGAAACAGAAGAUAAGCACUUGAAGAGAGCUCUUGUCCUUGGAGAUGCAAUAUCUGAUUUACCGAAGGUCGGAAACUAUCAACCUUAUGAAGUGAUGGAGCAUCGUAUUAACCCCAAAACAGAAUUCCAACACUAUAUUCGGCUCAACCGUAAAGAUAUGAAGGAUUACUCAUUUGGAGAUGCUGCUCCUGAGGAAGCUCAACUGUUUGAUCAUCAGCCUCUAGAACUAAACGAGGAUGAUUAUGAACGAGUGCAGCAGAUUCCUGUUAAAAAGGGGGCCAACUUCCGUGAUUUGAUCGGUGUCCAGGUUAGGGAAGAUAAUACCGUUGAGUUUGAUCCGGAUAUGGCUCGUGUACUUCUAUCUUCUGGGAAGCCUUUGGUGCCUGACUAUGCAAUGACCUACAUCAAGGGGAAGUCACUGAAACCAUUUGGGCGACUGUGGUGGGAUGAAACUGUUCCGACUGUUGUCACCAGAGCCGAGCCUCACAACCAGAUUAUUUUGCAUCCGACCCAGAACAGAGUUAUGACCAUCCGGGAGAAUGCAAGGCUACAAGGCUUUCCCGACUACUACAGACUAUUUGGCCCUAUAAAGCAGAAAUAUAUUCAGGUUGGCAAUGCAGUUGCUGUUCCGGUUGCUCGAGCUCUGGGAUAUUCCCUUGGGCGGGCCUACCGGCGUGAAUUUGAUGGAGACCAACCCCUUUUCAAACUGCCUGAAAGUUUUAUUCCUACAGAUCAAGCAACAGUCACAAGAUUGUCUGAAGGAAUUCUUGGUGGUGAAGUAGUGGAGGCAGAAUAAUAGUUUGAUCGAUUAUGCUUAUUUGCCCGAGAAACUGUCAGAACAUUGUUAUUUAUUUCCAUAGUUGCAUACUUGUCUAUUUCCUUAAUAUUCAGAUAUUGAUAGGCAAUGGCUGGUCUGCCUGACUACAAUGUGUUCCGUCUGUUUAGGCACACCCCUUCAUGGUUUGUAAACGUAACAGCAAAGAUGAUCUCCUCUCUGACAUGUUCUGCUCUCAAACACUUCUAGCGACAUAUCAAUUGCGAAGUGCUUGAUCAUUAACUAUCA